UUCGCGUAGGAAGACGAUCAUUUUGUGGUUAUUAUUGUGUUUAUUACUAUAUAGCUUGAAUUGAAUUGUUUAUCGUAAUUGAUAAGUGUCCAAAAUGUAUAUGAGAACAAUGCAAUAAGGGAUUUUUAGAGUUACUAUUAUGUUUGGAUAAACGUAAUUUGUAAAUUAAAUCUUACUUAUUACAAAAUAGAAGCCAAUAAUAUUUAAUCGUGACAAAGAUCCAAAAUGGUGUCGGCUCAAAUGAAAAGUGGCUUGUUGAUGGGCUUCGGCUCCUUCAUGGUGGUUUCUGGAGCGGUCGCGGCAGUCUUUUGGCCGUCCAUGUUCUUCGCACAGCUAAGAAGAAUGAUGAUCUUGUCGCCCACAUCCACCUCCUUCGGCAUAUGGCGCGAGGUGCCCAUACCGAUGUAUCUGGAGUGCUUUAUGUUCAACAUAACAAAUGUUGAGGACAUCGUGGCGGGAAAGAAUGUACCCGUACAAGUUGAACAGCUGGGGCCGUAUGUGUACAGAGAAUUUCAUAUAAAGGAGAACAUAACGUGGAACGACAACAACACAGUGACGUUUUACAACAAGCGGACGUGGGUCUUCCAACCGGAAAUGUCCAACGGCAGCUUGUCUGAUGGCAUCACCAGCAUAAAUCCUAUCGUGGCGACCAUAGCCUACAUAUUGCGUCACCAGCCCAAAGCUAUAAGAGUCACGGUGAACGUGUUCAUGAGGAUGUUUCAUGAGAACAUGUUCAUAACGGCCAACGUGUCCUCGUGGCUGUUCGACGGGAUACAGGACCCGGUGCUGGACAUCACGAAACGCUUCCCCGAUUUUCCCAUCAACAUCCCCUUCGACAGGUUCGGGUGGUUUUAUGAGCGCAACAAUUCCAGGGAGUUCGAUGGCAUUUUCCUCAUGAAUACAGGAGCCAGUGAUUUCUCUCAGCUUGGCAACUUGGAGAAAUGGAAGUACUCCAACAUGACUGUGUUCCGUGAUGAAUGUGGUGAAGUCCGGGGAUCCACUGGAGAACUGUGGGCACCCGAGAUUGGACAGCCCGAGGUUACGAUAUUUGCCCCUGAUAUCUGCACGUACAUGGUACUGCCCGAUAGCGGCCCCGUCCGAGUUCAGGGCAUAGAUGGCGUGGAGUACGCGGCCAAUGACUCUUUGUUCGACAAUGGCCACAAUUAUCCCAACAAGGAGUGCUACUGCGACGUGGUCCGCGACGACGACUGCCUGCCGCCCGGCGCUCUCAACGUGUCCGCGUGCCGCUACGGCGCGCCGGCCUUCGUGUCGCAGCCGCACUUCUACAACAUGCACCCGCACUACCCCGCCAAGAUCCGGGGACUCAAGCCCACCGACGACAUGAACUUCAAACUCUCCCUGGAGAUGUACACAGGAAUGCCGCUACAGGUGUCGGCGCAACUCCAGAUCAACCUCCUGGUCAGGCACGUCGGCGGAAUGGCCAUAAACAACCAGUUUGCGGACCCGGACGUACUGGUGCCGAUGUUCUGGUUCCGGCAGGAGGUGAUCAUGGAUGACCACUUCUCCAGGCUCGCGAGGUUUGCCCUCAACCUGCGGAGUGGUAUGCCCUACGGAUUUUACGCGUUCACGGUCAUCGGGAUAGUGCUCCUAAUAGCGGGAAUAGCCAUCUUAAUACGGAAGCUUUUGCGAUCCCCUGAGGAGCCCAUACUGACCAACCAGCCGGACGACAUACAAUGACGCUGUGUGAGGUACUAGUAUUAUAAAGUUAAGUUGACGACAGUAUUGGCACAGUAUAAAGUGGAGAUCCAACAUUUCGACGCCUUUGAUCUCUUGGUAAAUGCCGACGUCGUCUCGACAGGGUCACGAUACAGGCUAGAAUGAUAAAUGAUAAAUGAUAAAUAUAAUGAUAAAUAUACUACGACAA